AUGGAGGGUGCGUUUGCGGCAAACUGGAGCGCUGAGGAGGUCAACGGGAGCGCGGCGCCGCCGGGAACCGAGGGCAAUCGCACUGCCGGGCCGCCACAGCGCAACGAGGCCCUGGCGCGGGUGGAGGUGGCCGUGCUGUGCCUCAUCCUGUUCCUGGCGCUGAGCGGCAACGCGUGCGUGCUGCUGGCGCUGCGCACCACGCGCCACAAGCACUCGCGCCUGUUCUUCUUCAUGAAGCACCUGAGCAUAGCCGACCUGGUGGUGGCGGUGUUCCAGGUGCUGCCGCAGCUUCUGUGGGACAUCACGUUCCGCUUCUACGGGCCCGACCUGCUGUGCCGCCUCGUCAAGUACCUGCAGGUGGUGGGCAUGUUCGCGUCCACCUACCUGCUGCUGCUCAUGUCGCUCGACCGCUGCCUGGCCAUCUGCCAGCCGCUGCGCUCGCUGAGCCGCCGCACCGACCGCCUGGCGGUACUCGUCACAUGGCUCGGCUGCCUGGUGGCCAGCGCGCCUCAGGUGCACAUCUUCUCGCUGCGCGAGGUGGCCGACGGUGUCUUCGACUGCUGGGCCGUUUUCAUUCAACCCUGGGGGCCCAAAGCCUACAUCACGUGGAUCACGCUCGCCGUCUACAUUGUGCCCGUCAUCGUGCUUGCCACCUGCUAUGGCCUUAUCAGCUUCAAGAUCUGGCAGAAUUUACGGCUCAAGACGGCGGCGGCGGCGGCAGAGGCUGCCGCGGGGGCUGAGGGCGCGGCGGCAGACUGGGCGGGGCGCGCGGCUCUGGCCCGCGUCAGCAACUUCAAGCUCAUCUCUAAGGCCAAGAUCCGCACGGUCAAGAUGACCUUCAUCGUCGUGCUGGCCUUCAUCGUGUGCUGGACGCCAUUCUUUUUCGUGCAGAUGUGGAGUGUCUGGGAUGCCGAUGCGCCCAAGGAAGCCUCGCCUUUCAUCAUCGCCAUGCUCCUGGCCAGCCUCAACAGCUGCUGCAACCCCUGGAUCUACAUGCUCUUCACGGGCCACCUCUUCCAAGAACUUGUGCAGCGCUUCCUCUGCUGCUCAUUCCGCCGCCUGAAAGGCAGCCGGCCUGGGGAGACAAGCGUCAGCAAAAAGAGCAACUCGUCCACCUUUGUCCUGAGCCAGUACAGCUCCGGCCAGAGAAGAUGCUCGCAGCCAUCCAUGCUGUGACUGAUAGGGCCAGGACUGCCCUCCUUGGACCGUGCGACAGCGACACUCUGGUUCUUGGUGGCUGUGUGCAUGUGUGUAUAAGGUACCUUUCAGUUUGUACCCCUCUGCACCUUGGGCAGCUGCAGUUGGGUGGGGAAGCAACCCCCAUGGGGAAUAUGGUAGGGUGACUCCACCAUCAAGCCAAGCCCCGGAUCUUCCGUGGGCUCCCACGGGUACUUCUCCUGCCCUGACCCCCCUGCUGCCUUCCUUUAACAGUAAGUCCCCUACAUAAGAAUGGGUUCUGUUCUGAGAGCACGUUUGUAAGUCUAAUUUGUUAGUAAGUCCAACAAAGUUAGCCUGGGUACCCAGCUAACACGGUCAGCUAUAUGGUACUGUACUAGUCUACUGUAUAGUAUAGUGCUGUAUAGAGGACUGUACUGAACUAGCAUAUUACUGCACUGUAAUAGGUUUGUAAUACUUUUCACACAAGUAAUACAUACAUAAAACAAACGCAGAAAGUAAAGCAUUUUCAGUCUUAUAGUAGAGUGCCUUAAAAAGUACACCUGGAAUACAGGGGCUGCCAUGCCUCUUUGAAAGUUUGCAACUAGAAGGUCUGUGUGUAGAGGACUUACUGUAUUCUGGGAUCUUGAGAGAGGUAGUAAGUAUAAGAUUGGUGACCAGAUGGGUACAGAAGCCUAGCAUGCUGAGCUUGGGGUGAGCACUAGGGCCUUGCUGGUGGUGGUGCUAAUAGCCUCCUGGCCUCAAAGUGCUUUUGCCUCUGAGUGGACUGGUGCUGGCAUCCUCGAGCACCGACUUGCCUGAAGGUGGCCCUAGAACAGGGGAUUCUCUUAGGAGACUGUCUGGCACAGGCAGCCAAGUAAAACUUGGGUUAAAAGUGUUUGAUAUGCUAAUACUUAAGAAGCAUUUGGGAAAGAAAAAGGAAAUAAAAGACAUCCAAGUGUGUAAAAGAAGUAAAA